GAUGAUAGGUGACAAAGGUGAUGCUAAGUAUCAACGUGGAUUAUGAUUUAAAAAAAACUUAAAGCGUUGUAAAAGAUUUUAGUCGAUAGACAAACUGAAUAGCAAAAAUUGUAUAAAUGGCAUAAAUACCUAACGAGAUAAUUUCGUUAAACCAUUACGCAAUUUUUGCAUUAAUUGCACUAAAAGAUUCAUUAGCUAUGUGUACGAAUCACAUAAGCACCAAGACCAUGUGAUACGUUAUUUAUCAUAAAACUAACAGCCCGAAACUUACGCAAAUCAUUUAAUUAAAAAUAUCAAUAAUUCUUGGUACCGAAAACCGUUCUGUUUUUAAUUUAUUUGCUAGAAUAACAUAAAAUGUCUUGGAUACGUGAUAAUACAUUAUCCUGGUUGCAACUUUUUUGCAUUAAAGUUAUAAAAUGUGGUCCAAUACCAAAACAUAUUGCAUUUAUUAUGGAUGGCAACAGAAGAUUUGCAACAAAGAAUCAUACACAAAGAUCUUUUGGGCAUUCAAAAGGAUUUGAUAAAUUAUCAGAAACAUUACAAUGGUGUUUAGAAUUAGGUGUAACAGAAGUUACUGUUUAUGCAUUUAGUAUAGAAAACUUUAAAAGAAGCAAAGAUGAGGUAGAUACUUUAAUGAAUCUUGCUCGAGAAAAAUUCCAUAAACUGAUAAGUGAAGAGGAAAUGCUGAGGGAAAAAGGAAUACAUAUAAGAGUAAUUGGAAACUUGAGUUUGCUUCCUGAUGAUUUGAAACAGUUGAUAGCAAGAUCUAUGUUAAUAACUAAAGAUAACAACAAAGCAUUCUUAAAUGUUGCAUUUGCUUACACAUCACAAGAAGAAAUAACAAGCGCAAUACAAAAUAUAGUUAAGGCUGCUGAGAAUAAUAUUAUAACACCAGAUUGUAUAAAUGAAGAAUUAAUAUCAGAAACAUUAUAUACCAAUCAAAGUUCAGAUCCUGAUUUAUUAAUUCGCACUUCAGGUGAACUAAGGUUUAGUGAUUUUUUACUUUGGCAAAUAGCACCUUCUUGUGUUUAUUUCACUGAUGUCUUAUGGCCCGAAUUUAGAUUUUGGAAUUUUGUAUCAAGUAUUUUCUAUUAUCAAAGAUGCUUUGCAACAAUUAAAAAUGUAAAAAUGAAACAGAUUCACAAUUUAACUGAAAACUGCCACGUGAAAUCAAGCCAAGUAGAAUUUUUUUUAAAACAAAUGGGAGAUGCAAGACAUAAUCAGUUGCAAUCAUAUGCAGCAUUAUUAUAAAUAUAUUGGCAUUCCGUUUAUUCAUGUAUAAAAAGACAAACUAAAUGAAAUAAAAAUAAUUAGUUUUGUUAUAAAAAUAUUUGUAAUAAUA